CGGAACUCCGGCCGGGCCGUGCGCGCAGCUCCGGCUGUCGGUGGGGAGCGGCGGCGCCGGCGGCGGGAGCGGCACCGCGGGCAAAAUACGAUAGAGGCCGGGGCAGGGGGAGCCCGCGGUCCUCUCCCGUAAACACACUCCCUGCCGCCGCCGCCUCCCGGUCCUGCUGCCCGAGGCCGCUCGGACUGCUAUGUAACCCGGAGACCGCGGGCGAAGGGGACCGGGGAGAAGAGGUCCGCCCGUGGGGGGCCGAGGGGGCCAAGUUUGCGGCCACUUCUGCGCGCGCCUCCCUGAGCCCCGGCUCGCCCCUGCCUGCAGCCCGGCCGGCCCAGGUGCCCUUCGCCUCCUCGCGCGCCCGGCGACCAUGGUGACGGUGGAGGAGCUGCGGGAGAUGGACUGCAGCGUGCUCAAAAGGCUGAUGAACCGGGAGGAGAACGGUGGCGGCGCGGGCGGCGGCGGCAGCCACGGCGCCCUGGGGCUGCUGAGCGGCGGCAAGUGCCUGCUGCUGGACUGCAGACCGUUCCUGGCGCACAGCGCGGGCUACAUCCGAGGCUCGGUCAACGUGCGCUGCAACACCAUCGUGCGGCGGCGGGCCAAGGGCUCUGUGAGCCUGGAGCAGAUCCUGCCCGCCGAGGAGGAGGUGCGCGCCCGCCUGCGCUCCGGCCUCUACUCCGCGGUCAUCGUCUACGACGAGCGCAGCCCGCGCGCCGAGAGCCUCCGCGAGGACAGCACCGUGUCGCUGGUGGUGCAGGCGCUGCGCCGCAACGCCGAGCGCACCGACAUCUGCCUCCUCAAAGGUGGUUAUGAGAGGUUUUCCUCCGAGUACCCAGAAUUCUGUUCCAAAACCAAGGCCCUGGCAGCCAUCCCCCCUGUGCCGGCCAGCACAGUGGAAUCCUUGGACGUGGGCUGCAGCUCCUGUGGAACCCCCCUGCACGACCAGGGGGGUCCGGUGGAGAUCCUUCCCUUCCUCUACCUUGGCAGUGCCUACCACGCUGCCCGGAGGGACAUGCUGGAUGCCCUGGGGAUCACGGCCCUGUUGAACGUCUCCUCUGACUGCCCAAACCACUUUGAAGGACACUAUCAGUACAAGUGUAUCCCGGUCGAAGACAACCACAAGGCAGACAUCAGCUCCUGGUUCAUGGAAGCCAUCGAGUACAUUGAUGCGGUGAAGGACCGCCGCGGCCGCGUGCUGGUGCACUGCCAGGCGGGCAUCUCGCGCUCGGCCACCAUCUGCCUGGCCUACCUGAUGAUGAAGAAGCGGGUGCGGCUGGAGGAGGCCUUCGAGUUCGUCAAGCAGCGGCGGAGCAUCAUCUCGCCCAACUUCAGCUUCAUGGGGCAGCUGCUGCAGUUCGAGUCCCAGGUCCUGGCCACGUCCUGCGCCGCCGAGGCCGCCAGCCCCUCGGGGCCCCUGCGCGAGCGCGGCCAGGCCACCCCCACGCCCACGUCGCAGUUCGUGUUCAGCUUCCCGGUGUCGGUGGGCGUGCACGCGGCCCCCAGCAGCCUGCCCUACCUGCACAGCCCCAUCACCACCUCCCCCAGCUGCUAGGGCCCGAGCCCGGGGCUGGGAGCUCGGCAAUAAGGACCUCGGCCCGUCACAAGCCGACAGACAAACCCCCCGACCUAGAGCAAUAACGGCCGCCUCCGCGGGCAGGGAACACCUGGGUUUGGUUCGUGUGUCCGUGUUACUUUCCAGAUAGGAAUUUCUUACCUCAUUUUUUUAAGCAGUAAGGCUUGAAGUUAUGAAACCCACAGAUCCUGGCAAAGGUGCCCACCCAGUUUUA